AUGCGCCUCCAACGCUGUCUCGUGAUUCUCCUUCACUGCCUUGGCAUCGCGGCUGCGGUGAAUCAGAUUCCGCUUGAGCCGAAGCCUACCGAAAGCCGCAAUGUGUCCGUCGGACUCUUCUACGAGCUGGAGGAGCUGGCUCGUAUCGUCGACAUAUCGUAUUGUGUAGGCUUGACUAGCUUCGGCAUCGUAAAGCCGUUCAAGUGUCUGUCACGAUGUAGCGACUUCCCUGAGUUCGCUCUGGUCACUACUUGGAACACUGGACCUUUGCUGAAGGACAGCUGCGGCUAUAUUGCUCUCGACCACGGCAAGCAAAGGGUCAUCGUAGCCUUCCGUGGAACGUAUAGUAUCGCGAACGCCGUCGUCGAUCUCAGUACGGUCCCUCAAGAAUAUGUGCCGUAUCCCGGGCCCGGUGACGAUGACAGCGAGGGAGACGACGAACGUGUAACACACGCCCCACGCUGCAACAACUGCACAGUACACAUGGGCUUUCAGAGCUCAUGGCAGACGACGCGAUCGCUCAUUCUAGCGGAGCUGAAGCGAGCACUCUUCCUUCACCCACUCUACAAGCUGCACCUCGUCGGCCAUAGCCUUGGGGGUGCAGUAGCUGCUCUCGCCGGACUUGACCUUGUGGCGUACGGAUAUAGGCCUAUAGUUACGACUUUCGGUGAGCCUCGUCUUGGCAACGCUGCCCUUGCUGGGUAUCUAGACGAUCGCUUCGGGCUCUCACGUACGAACGCGACAUUAGACGAGGAAGGCUUGACGUACCGUCGCGUAACACAUGUGAACGACCCCGUACCGCUCCUUCCGCUAACAGAGUGGGGCUACAGCAUGCACGCUGGAGAAAUCUUCAUCAGCAAAUCCUCGCUAUCUCCAGACUUGCAGGACGUUCAGUUAUGCGUUGGAGACGAAGAUCCAUCAUGUAUUGCUGACCAAGACUCUACGCUUCCUGGCCAUGACUCUCCAGCUGACGAGAAGCGAGACUUGCUGGCAUCAGUCGAGCACGAAUUGUACGACAUCAAGCAGGAACCCUGGGGAAUACCGACGCGGUACAAGCUCUGGCAGCUGCUCUUCGCACAUCGAGACUACUUCUGGCGCAUCGGACUGUGCACGCCUGGCGGUGACCCUACAGGCGGAGGUGGCAAGUACUAUCUGGACGGCGACUGA